CUUGCCUGCGAGACAAAUUGACUCUGACACAUUGUCCUCCGUCUAUGUUUUUAGUUUAUGCCGUCCCUGUGUGGUCGUUCCAGUCACGCUGACCAGGCCUGAGUGGUCGUUGCACGGAGGUGCUGGACUGGGGACAGUGGCAGGCCCAGGGGUGGGGGCAUGGCCAUGGGGGGGCCGCAUCCCAUCCUCCACCCUGCACCGGGACAGACGCUGGGGUUGGGUGUCCUGGGGCGGGGGUUCAUCCAGAGGAGCUUCAAGACUGCCCGAGCUCAGACCCUGGCUGAGUGCAGGGGUGGACAUGGUGGGAGGAGGGGGAGGUGGUAUCUGUGCAGGAAGUGGACUGGAGAAAAGUGGCAGGGUCAGAUGUUCCCGGAGACUGUGGGUUCUCCUGGCCUCACUGGUUCUUGUCUUUCUUACCUCACUCUUUUUCUCUGUUUCGCUCCGUGGGGGCUCCGGAUUUAACUACCUGGAGCCGCCUGGGUGGGAAGAGUCGAGAAGAGUGAAACUGGUGCCCAGCUAUGUGGGCGCCCACCGGCUGUCAUCGCUCGACGUGGCGCAACAGAAGACUUGUGCCUGCCCACGCUGCGUAGGUGACCCUGGCGUUUCUGACUGGUUUGAUGAGAAUUAUGACCCGGAUAUCUCACCGGUCUGGACCAGGGACAACAUCCAGCUGCCCUCUGAUGUCUACUACUGGUGGGUGAUGCUGCAGCCACAGUUUAAACCCCACAGCAUCCAGCAGGUGCUGAUGAGGUUGUUCCAGGUGAUUCCUGGAAGGACGCCGUAUGGCUCAUGGGACCCGGGGCGUUGUCUGCGCUGUGCUGUGGUCGGGAAUUCCGGAAACUUGCGUGGGGCCGGUUAUGGAGCGACCAUUGACAGUCAUAACUACAUCAUGAGGAUAAACCUGGCCCCCACAGUGGGCUACGAGGAAGACGCUGGCAGCCGCACCACUCACCACUUCAUGUACCCGGAGAGUGCCAAGAACCUGGCGGCCAACGUCAGCUUCGUCCUGGUUCCUUUCAAAACACUGGAUCUAGUCUGGAUCACCAGCGCCCUGUCAACUGGACAGAUCCGAUUUACGUACGCGCCAGUGAAGCAGUUUCUCCGUGUGGAUAAAGACAAGGUCCAAAUUUUCAACCCAGCAUUCUUUAAAUACAUCCAUGACCGCUGGACGAGGCAUCAUGGACGCUACCCCUCCACAGGAAUGCUGGUGCUCUUCUUUGCCCUCCACGUCUGUGAUGAGGUGAAUGUAUUUGGUUUUGGAGCUGACAGACGGGGCAACUGGCACCACUACUGGGAGCAGAACCGCUACUCUGGAGAAUUCAGGAAGACCGGUGUUCACGAUGCUGACUAUGAAGCCCAGAUAAUCCAGCGACUGGCCAAAGCUGGCAAAAUCACUGUGUUCCCUGGGAAAUAAAGAAACUGGUUUGGCAUCAGACUUUGUACAAGCUCAGUAGAAGGUGUUAGAUUGUUAGCAGUGUGGGCACCCAUUUAAACAUGUUUUUGUACAACAAGAGUCGUAAUAGUUGCAGAUGUGACUUCAGUACAAGUGAAAAUACAUUUACUUUCCCAGUGUGGUGCCACAUAGCUCACCACUCAAGAAGCUGAGCUUUGAUUUGGUGUAGAGCAGCAACGUUGAGCUUCAAAUUGGACAAUAAAAUAAUUGGUUUAAAGUAGCUUUUAAGAUUUCAUCUUGGAAGAUGGGACAAUGAUCUUGUCCAAGGGGUGACUUCAACACAAGCCAACAAGCAAAACAACCAGUCACUAUUUAUAUGGACUGAGGCUGAUCUGGAGAGGGGACGUCCUGCUGGUGGAAUCUCUUUAGUGGAAAGUUGCUUUCUCCUGAAAAGAGCAGAGAAAUGGUGCACAGUUGCCCAUUUUUGGGAUUGAUGUUCCAACAGCCAUGUGAGAUUAAAGUCGAUCCUCACCAUCCCACCUGUGCACGUGGAGCGGUGUUACCUAUCACCAGGCUCUGCACGCAACGGUGAAGCUCUCUGCACAAACCUGGGACUCUGACAAGAAUCUUGACGUUCCUCUCACAUCAGGGUUCUCUGAAAGGUUUUCUUAUAAACAUGGGCAUUGACCAUCCUAGACAAAACAAUAAAACUUACAUCUUAUUUGCUAUCACCAUAAAGACAAAUGCUACAAGUGCAUAUUGAUGCUAAAAGGAGCUAUAAAACAAUAAGCUGAUGGGCGGUUGCCAUAGGUCCAUAUCAUGAAGUUGUCUUCUUCAGCCUGUGCACCACGCAACUGACUGACAGGAGAGGAGGAUCAAGACUCACACCUUUAGGCCAUUCUGACUGAGUCUGCAGCACUCCAGCGUGACAUUUAGCUUCUGUAGCCGUCCAGUACCUGGCCUGGUUUGGAAGAUGACUUUGUCAGCCUUGCUACAGUCUUUAUUCACACCCAUAUCCAGGGUAACUGUUCUGGAUCUGACUCUGUGUGAGACUUUAAUGAGGCCAGAAGUCCAUCUCAUGGGAUUUCAUGUUUUGAUGGUAGUGUGCCGAUUACCAGGCUGCUGUUGAAUCAGCAUAUGGUCUGACAGGAUUGGGUCUAAUUUUUGAGAGGACAGAUGGAAAACUGCAGCAUGAAGCCAGCGGCAUACACACAUCAUCAUUAUUUUUUAAGAACGAGGUAAACAAAAGUCCUGUUUAUGCAUCGAAAAUGCCUGCGUCUGCCUGAAGUGUUGGG